GAGGAACCAGACUGUAGCAUGACAGCAUCCUAUCAUUAACAGGUGUGCGAGCAGCUGACAGUCAGAGCAUGUGUCCUGCGUGGUGCCGACUCCUGAAGGCCUUCUGUUCUGGGUUUGAGGAGCUGUUGCUGAAGUCUUGUUGCAGCACAGCUCUCGGGACUUUGCAGAUCAUGGUGGGGCUGUUCAACAUUGGACUUGGUCCGGGGCGGACAAGCAUAGUUUCUGGAGAUUUGGCCAGCUUGGGAGCUGCUUACUGGCUGGGUGGUGUGUUUAUUGUGACUGGAAUCUUGUCCAUUUUGGCGGGACAGUUCCCUUCACGCGUCUUGGUGGGCUUCACUGUGUUCAUGAACAUAGCUGCAGCGAUCUUCGCCAUCACUGGCAUCGUGCUGUACGCCAUCGACCUGCGAGAUGCCUCCCUGCUCUGGCUGUGUGACCGCAGCAGAAGCAGUGCUGAUCGUCAUCACGGAGACAACUGCAGGGCUGUGGCCCUCCGUGCACAGACUUUGUUGAAGUCCAUGGACACCAUGAUGAUCGCGCUGGCCAUGCUCCAGCUCUCUGUCUGCGUAAUCCUCACUAUCCUGGGCAUCAAGGCUUUAAUCAGUGAGAUGAAGAAGGAAAAGCUGAUGGACAGGAACAGCAUGCUUCCUCCAGUGUGUCAGAUCCUCAAAGCUCUCUGCUACAGUCCCACGGGCUGCUCCAUAAAGUCAGGGAUGAUGCAGACAGGUGUGACUACAGCUCUCGGGACUAUACAGAUCAUGGUGGGCUUGUUCAGCAUUGGGCUCGGGCCGGGACGAACUAGCCAACACCCUAGAGACUUUACCUACUUAAGAGCUGCUUACUGGCUGGGUGGUGUGUUCCUUGUGUCUGGACUCACCUCUGUCCUUGCUGGCCGGUUCUCCUAUGUUUGUUCAGUGGGCUUCACCGUGUUCAUGAACAUACUGGGAUCCAUCUUCUCCAUCAUUGGUAUCGUGCUGUACAGCAUCGACCUGAGAGGAACCAUAACCACUGAUUAUUGUCGAGGCCCGGAUGAUGACAGCUGUUAUUACAUGGCACAGUUCUUCAGACGUUUGAUGACAGGAAUGGACAUCACAAUGCUCGUCCUGACUGUUCUCCAGCUGUGUGUCUGCAUCAGCUUUGCUGUUCUGGGCAUCAAGGCUCUGAUCAACAGGAAGACAGAAGAGGAUGGAAAAAGUGCAGAAGAUCAGUGGCCACAGUUGGAAAAAGUCCUCCUCACCAGUUCUGGAGUCUUAAAUCCAUUUUAAAUAAUCAUGUGUAUUUUGUAAUGACAGAGCAGCUCAUUAAUGUAACACAUCGGAUAUUAAACAAACAGUUUGAUCAAUGUAGCUUAAAUGUUUUAUACCACAAAGAGACCACAAUUUUUGAUAAUCACUUUUUUGUUUUAUCUGUUUGCAUUUAAAAAAA